AGCAAGACAAAUUCCAACGAGUAACUCUCUUACACUUUUCUCCUUCAUUUUUCUCCUCUUCUAAGCCAUGAACUCCCUUCAAAACCCUACUUUCUUCUUUGACCACCAUCAACAACUUGAUCAAGACUCGUCUUCUUCAUUCAUGGAUUUCCUUAAUUUCUCAGGGUACCCGCUUCCCGAUUUCGGCCUUGAAGCCGAGACCACCAUGUUUUCGUUGUCCGAAGCGGGAACCGGCGAUGGGAGUAGAUCCAUGAAAGCAACAUCCAUAGACAAUAAUACCAUAGAUGAUGGGUGGUUUGAGGGUAAGGGUGUAAAGAGAAAAAAAGAGAGAGGAAAUGGGUGUAAUCAUAAAGUUGCAUUUAUAACAAAAUCUGAAUUGGAAAUCUUGGAUGAUGGCUACAAAUGGAGGAAGUAUGGCAAAAAAUCUGUCAAGAACAGCCCUCAUCCAAGGAAUUACUACAAAUGCUCAAGUGGAGGGUGCGGAGUGAAAAAGAGAGUAGAAAGAGACAGAGAUGAUUCAAGCUAUGUUAUAACAACAUAUGAAGGAGUUCACAACCACGAGAGCCCUUUUUUGAUGUAUUCCAAUGGUUCAAAAUUAUGUCAUCCUCAUCCUCAGCCCAUUUGCCCUAAUUCCUCUUCUCCCGAUCCCUAUUCUUCUACUACUACCCUUUGAGUUUCACUUUCUCCAUUUUUUAUCUCCUUAGAUGGGGAAAAUAAAAUAUAUAUACUUUCCAAUAAUGUUAAGUAAUGAUUGGGGGUGAUUUAAUAUUCAUAUGCACUUUUUAAUUUUACUUAUCA